AUGUCUGGGGAGCCGAACCCGAAGGCCUUUCCGCUCGCCGACUCGAACCUCACCGUCUCGAUCCUCGACGUGGUGCAGCAGGCUGCCAACUUCAAGCAGCUCAAGAAGGGCGCCAACGAGGCGACCAAGACGCUCAACCGCGGCAUCGCCGAGCUGAUUGUCAUGGCGGCCGACGCCGAGCCGCUUGAGAUCCUGCUGCACCUGCCGCUGCUGUGCGAGGACAAGAAUGUGCCGUAUGUCUUUGUGCCAAACAAGCAGGCGCUCGGCCGCUCCUGCGGCGUCUCGCGGCCAGUCAUCUCGUGCUCCAUCACGACCAACGAAGGCUCGCAGCUCAAGAACCAGAUCCAGCAGCUCAAGGACUCCAUCGAGAAGCUCCUCAUCUGAGUCCUGACCGAGGGCCGCCCGCGGUGCUGCAGGAGUCGGGUGCCAGCGAGGCUCGCCUGACGGGCAGAUGGCGCGGCAGACGCGCAUUGGGGGGUGGUAUCGCCUUCGCGGCUCGGAAGGCGUCACGCGGAGGCGCGCUCAGCCGCUGUUGCGCUGUCGAGCUCUGGCUGUCGCGGCGCCGCCAAGCCCUCCCUUCUCUAGGCGCCUGCCGUGUGGGGCUUCUG